AUGUCCGCUCUUGCUGAUGAAACCAUUCGUAGAGUUUUUGUGGAAUUGCAAAACAAGUACAUCCAAAGUCAACAACAAGCUGCCACAGUAAAAGCCCAAAUCACAGCUAAGCAACGUGAACGUAAAUUAGCAGAGUUGACAAGACGUGAAUUGGAUGGCUUGGAUGAAGAUACAAACACUUACAAACCAGUUGGCAAAAUGUUUAUCCAAAGCCCUUUGAGCGAAAUGAAAAAUGAAUACGUAAGGUCAAUAUCUCAAGCUGAUGAAGAAAUUAAAAAGUUGGAGAAAUCACACAAAUACUUCGAACGCGCAGCAACGGAUGCUCAGGCAAAUCUUAAGGAUAUUCUUCAAGGUCCAAGAACAUAG